AAUUCAAUUCAUACUCAUCAAUUAUGGCUGAUUACUAUGGGCAACCCCAACAUACUCAGCACCAGUUCUUCCAUGGAGGACAGCAGCCUCGUUCUCACCAGAUGGUCAAGGCAGCUACCGCCGUUACCGCCGGUGGAUCGCUUCUUCUUCUUUCUGGCUUAACUUUAGCCGCUACCGUCAUUGCGCUCACUAUAGCGACUCCUGUGCUGGUGAUUUUUAGCCCGGUGAUUGUACCUGCUGUUAUUACUCUCUUUUUGUUGUUCUCAGGGUUUUUGGCUUCAGGCGGAUUUGGCGUAGCGGCGGUAAGCGUGUUAUCGUGGAUAUAUCGAUACGUGACCGGGAAACGACCCCCCGGUGCAGAUCAGUUGGAGCAAGCAAGGCAUAAGUUGGCUACUAAAGCUGGGGAGAUGAAAGAUAAGGCUCAGGAGUUUGGGCAGCAGCACAUCACUGGAACCCAUCAGACUUGAGCUAGCGCUACUCUCUACUUCUAGAUUUGUUUGUUCAAUGCGUUUGUGUAUGUUUUUUGUUUGUAACUUCUUUCAGCUUUUUUUGCGUUUUGUUAAUUUUUGUGUUUUUACUACUGUUGCUACGAGGCUCGUCUUCAUGAUUGAGUCUGGCAUUAAUAUUUUGUAUCUGAAAUAUUGAAAUAAAUGGAGCUGAUGUUGUACUUAAUAAGUUGUAUAUUUAA